UGCACGAACGUACCAAGUAGGCAGUGUGUGGAGAGAAAAACGGCGCGGUUUAAUGUUCGUGUAAAAUCUGUUUCAGUUGAUUUUCUGUACGUACCGACAAGAGUGUACGUUCCUCAAACACAGUGUGUGGGCUGCUCCGUCCUCCUUUCAGGCACGCAGUUCAUAGUACAUAGCCGCACUAAAUAGAUAGCAACUAUUGCGAUGACUUCCAAGGAAUUUUUAAGUGAUUUUAUUAAUAUGUAUGGGGACUUUCCAUGCCUGUGGAAAAUUAAAUCCAAAGAUUACCACAACCGUCAAUUGAAAAAUAAAGCAUAUGAAGAGUUAGUAAAUAAAUUAAAAGAAGUGGACGAAAAUGCGUCAAGAGAAACUGUUAUAAAAAAAAUAGACUCUCUGCGAGGCAGUUUCCGUAGGGAGCUAAAAAAGAUGAAAAAAAAAAAUAUAUUCAGUGUUUAUUUAUUUAUUUAUUUAUUAUUACAGGAUCAUGGUAGCGAUGAGUCCCCACUUCUAUCGCCUGUAUCAUUAGAGACACAAGCCACCGAUGAUUCGCUUGAUGAAAGCAGAGAUAGUUCAUCUAAAACAUAUACCCCUAAUACAAGGACUUUUAAAAAACCUAAACAAAGAAAUCUUUGCGAUAGCGUUUUGCUUCGAGUGCAGCAGGAGUUGGACUCAAAGAAAGAAAAAGAUGAAUACGAUAUUGUUGGGAAAAAUGUCGCAAACAAGCUUAGAGGCUUGCCUAAAGAAGUUAGCCUAGUAGCAGAAAAAUUAAUUACCGACAUUCUGUUUGAGGCACAACUUGGUAACAUAAAUCGCAAUACUCGUUAA